AUGUCUCUCUCCUGGACGUGCCGGGCUGCCAGAGCGCAGGUCCGCGGCUUCAGCUCAUCCUCCGGGCGUCGUAUCGGACCAGAGUCUCCUUAUUACAUCUAUGUACCACGACCUGUGCAGACUGGUCUGUCUCCGAAGCCACGCGUUAAGGGUACUCUCCCCGUCCCGCGAGAGUUGUUCCCAGCUCGCCGACCUGACAAGGCCACACCGGCAUAUGUGGCCGACACCGCAAAAGCUCCCUCUAAAAGGGGACCGGUGGAUGCGAGCGGCCCGCAUGCCGCGCAGAUUGAAUGGAGGCGCCGGCUAGCGGACACGAGAAGGAGGAAUCUCCAGGAAGGUUUGGGGGAGUUAUACCAGCGGAAAUUCAAGACGGACAGCGAAAAUUUUCGGCGGGGUGUGGCCAAGCAGAAGCACCGGGAGCGUAUUCUGGCACAACCGGAACGGGAGGAUGAGCGUUUGAGUCGGCCGUCGGUGAUCCAAGAUAUGCUUCCUCAUCGUAUGUCUAUUCUCCCUGAUCCCGACCGGGAGAGCCGACUGGCGAUGUCCCAGGCUCGCACCAAGGCCUUCUACGAGAGAAAGGAAUCUGAGAGGAAAGAGAAUCUGCACUCUCUGUACAUGAAUGCGCGAAACUUCAUUACCACCGAAACCCAGCUGGCCGCCGAGAUUGAUCGCGUGUUCCCCGAGGGCGAGAACGAGGCCUGGCGCAACGACCACCAGCAAGGAGAUAAUGUCUGGAACCUGGGCGUGCCGCCCACGGUGCAGUCCAUGCUCACCGAGUCGAAGAGGAAUGAGGCCUCCCGGUGGGAUCUUAUCCAGGGCAGAGUCAAGAAGCUGGGAGAGCAAAUCACCGGAGGCAAGAUCUAA